AUGUACAGGAAUACAGCAUUCCUAGUCUUUCUUGUAGCGCUAGGGUUGCUUUCUGCUGUAGCGGCGCAGCAGGACAGCACCUGCAGCGUAUUGAAGCAGUGUCGCUCAGGUUGCUGUGGUCCUUCGGCUGCCAGUCAAUACGGGUUUUGCGGCACGCAACCCAAUUUUUGCAACAACUGUCAAAACAAAGGCGGCUGCCCUGAUGUUGAUCGCCCAAAGUGCGACGAGACCGACGAUGCCAUGAAGUCCAAGGUUCGAAUCGCAUAUUACAACGCCGAGGGUGCCAAGCGAAAGUGCGAUGCUGUGCAGCCUGAAAACAUUCCAGCAGGGGUCUUGACUCACAUCAACGUGGCUUUUGAGGGCAUCGAUUCUAAUCUCGAAAUCACCGACACUAUUGGGGAGACCGUCGCCCGUGUAUCUCGCCUCAAGAAGAUUUACGCUGGCUUGCGUGUCAAUAUCGCCAUUGGCGGUUGGGUCUUCAAUGACCCGCCUACAGAGCACCGCUUCUCCGACAUGGUCUCUACACGUCCUAAUCAGGAGAAAUUUAUCAAUUCGCUCAUCAAGUAUAUGCAAAAGUAUGCACUCGAUGGCGUGGACAUUGACUGGGAGUACCCCGUCGCUGAUGACAGAGGCGGAAACCCUGAUGAUUUCUCAAAUUUCGUGCUCUUCAUGUCUCAAUUGCGAGACAUGUUUGAUAGCGUCGAUCCUGGCUGGCAAAUCACACUGACUCUGCCGUCAAGCUAUUGGUACAUGCGUGGCUUUGACAUUAAACGACUCGAGAAAUAUGUCGACUGGUUCAACAUGAUGACGUAUGAUAUCCAUGGCGUAUGGGAUAAGGAGAUUCGUUUUACUGGCCCAUACCUCAAGGGUCACACCAACAAGACUGAGAUUGAAGAUGGUCUCGACCUGCUGUGGCGGAACAAGAUUGACUACAACAAAGUGGUCAUGGGUUACGGGUUUUAUGGUCGAGGAUUCCACAUCAAAGACCCCAAUUGCCAUACUCCGCCAAAUUGCGAGUUUGACGGCCCCAGUCUCCCAGGCUCAUGUACCGACACUGGCGGUAUUCUUUCCUACGCUGAGAUUCAAAGUCGCAAGAAUGAAUUGGGCACCACAGUCACAUACGACAAGGCUUCCACUGUCAAGUACAUGAUCUACGGAUCAAACCAGUGGAUAUCCUUUGAUGACGCGGAAAGCUUCAAGGAUAAAAAAAAGUAUCAAUCUUCUCGCUGUCUAAGAGGACUCAUGAUUUGGUCCGUCGACCUGGACAAUGCCAAUUUUGACGCCAUGGCGGGACUCUUUGGCGACGAGAACAUGUCCAAAGCCCACGGCGACACACGCUUGACCGACAAGGAAAAGGGCGAGCUUGUGAAGCAACUCGCGCCCUAUACAGGCCAAAACUGCUACGUCGCCUCCAAGUGCGCGUCAAGCGCCCGAGAUUCUACGUUUGGCGCAACGUGCUUCACCGGCUACAAGCCAGUCGAGAUGGCGCACGCGCCGCGGCAAAUCCGCAGCGACAAGCACGAGGCUCUGGAAACCUGCAAAGAGGGCACCUUUCACUACGUCUGCUGCCCUGAAGACCAGAUGCCCAAGAAUUGCGAAUGGAUCGGCGCGCCGAAGCGGUCCGAGAUUGGAUGUUCGGGCUUUUGCGGCAAGAAGCAGUUUCAGCUUGCGACCGAUGGCUACAUUGACUACAAAGGAACGGGCAGUUGCUAUCAAGGCCGUCGCUCGACUUUUUCCAAGACUGUUGGUGGUCUGACUGCGGCCAUUGGGACGAGAAUUGUGGCAAUUCGGGCAAAGUGGUUGCAUGGAGGCUGGAUAAAGACGAUGGAUCGACUUGUAAGCCUACCGACCAGCUCAGGCAACCGCUUCGAUCAUAUUGUUGUCCGAAAAAAGGCAAGUGCUCCUUUCUUUCCCUUUUAUAUAUCUUUUCUAGCUGCUAAAUCACAACUUUCUUUCAAAGAUCCUCUGGAAAAUUGCUAUUGGUCCAAUGACAUUACCCUUCUGGAUCCUCCGAAAGGGGAAACUAAGCAGUACUCGAAAUCGUACACGGACUUCUUUGUCUGCAACAAUAAGGAGUGCCCUUACUAUGACAUCAAAGUCACGACCGCUCUGAUCCCCCACACCUCCAUUGACUGGGUCAAGAAGGAUGCGAUUGACUGUUCAGCUUAUCCGCAGAUGAACGUGGUGGAACCUGCAUAUGGGCUCUGCUGCAAUCCGCCCAGUCCGUUCAAGAAGAAAUUGCCCGUUGAUCCGUCUUUCCUGUGGUCGGAUGCUCACAAGGAAGAUGGCGCCGAAAAUGUGUGGGAGUUUGCUGAUGACUUUGGCAAUAAUAACAUGGACACGAGCCCAGACAACUUGUACGAGAACCCUGGCGACGAUCCAUAUGGCUUCAUCAUGCUAAACGGGCCGGAUGGCUCGCUCAAUGACAAUUUUGGCAAGGACUUUACAGUGGUCAGUGACGAGGAGCCACAAGGUCUCAAGAAGCGCUCGCUCCUCACCACCAACCAAACUAUUCUGGACAAUGUCUUUGAGGACGCCCCGGAAACCAUUUAUGUCUACUGCAACCACGCGCCAGACUCCAGAGCAUGCCGUCGCACCUUUUAUAAGGGUGCCCAAGACACAAUCAUUCGACUGCCAGACCACGUUGGCGAGGGUCCAUUCGCUCGCAUCGUAUCAAUGAAACGCGCGGAUCAGCCUCGGCUUCCGUCCUGGGUUCACCGCAAGCGGACGAUUGAAGCCAACAGAAACGGCAUCUACGAGCUCAAGUUUGACUACAAUUUUGGCGCCAUCAAGAGAGCCGAGAAUGAGCAGGUCAACAUGCGCGUCGACUUUACCAACCUGAUGGAGUACUGGGAUGAUGUCACGGAUGAGCCGGCAGACAAAAAGAGGCGGAGCAGUAAGCGCGACUAUGCCAGACACUUGGGCUUUGAUGAAUGGAGAGCCCGCGUCGACCAUGCCAAGAAGCGCGAUCUUGAAAAGGCAGGCCGCGACGAGCACAUUGCCAGCCGCAGGUCCUUUACCCCAGAGCCUGACGAUGUUUCCACUCACGCCAUGGAGCGCCGCUGGUACGGAGCCUUUAAAGAUUGGUUGAAGAAACUAAACAACAUUGUCAAGGACGAAAAAGGUUUCCUGCCCAUGGGAUGGAACUCCGUCUUGACGCUGUACAGUGGUCGGCUCGAAUGCGAAAGCGAUGCGGGCAUCACGUUCCAGGCAGGCCUCGACGUGACUGCCGACUUUGACUUUGACAUGCGCACGCAGUACGCCUACUACUUCUCGGGCACGAUUGUCCCGCCCAAGAUCAUCGACACCUAUGCGUACGUCGGCGCCCAUCCGUACAUGGAGGCCGGCAUCACCGUCGCGGGCGAGGCGCAUCUCGAGUACACGUCGGACCGCAAGAAAAUCAUCGACACGCUCACGUACCCCGGUCUCGCCAUCAAGGGCAUUGCCGCGAUUGGCCCGUCCCUGGACAUUUGGGGCCAGAUCCGAGGCGAGGUGACCGUCGCGGGAUCGAUGCGGGUCGGCGCUCGGUAUACGUUUAAGCCCAUUGAGCUGUACAUGCCCAACGACGACAAGAAGCUGAGCACAGCUUCCACCUCGCUGGAAAAGAAUGACGGCGACAAGGAGGGUCUGUCGCCGGUAUUCGAGGCCGAAGUCGAGGCCAAGGUCGGUUUUGGUGUCUUGGUCACGCCAGAGGUGAAUCUGGGUCUCAAGCUUGGUGGUGGCAUUGGUAAAUUCGAGAAAACUCUCGUAGAUGCGCACAUCUCGGCGUUUGUCAACACCACACUGUGGUUUUACGCCAAAGCCAAGGCUCAACUGGAAAAGGGCUGGUCGUACGAAUACGGAAUCCAGUUCUUCUAUAGAGUAGGAUUCUCAGCCAUCGUCGAGGCUAUUCUCAUCGGGAGCUGGAAGACGGAUGCCUACUAUCCCUUUGAGGAGCAGCUCAUAGACAUCUAUGGACCUGUCCGGGUCUCCUCCUCGGACACGUCUCGGAAGCGCCAGCUGCACAGCUCUCCGGGCGGACCGCUACCGCAGCCGCUCUUUGGGCUACCUGCACCGGAGUUUGGCCCUGUUCGCAGAGACCUGCCCAAGUUUUCCGGUCCUGGGGUCUUUCAAAUGGGCGCCGACAUGACCGCCAACGGCACUUAUCGCGACGGGCAAGACACGGCCAUGGCAGCGGCGGCCGACAAUGGGAAAAAGGAAGAGGGCACUUUCAAGUUCGGUGACUUUACCUGCGUCACCGGUGGGCUCAACGGCUGCACCGCCGCGACCAUACCGCCUGACCCGGACGACCCGGACAUGCUCAGCAGCAUGGACAUGGCGUCCGCGAACCAGACGGCCUCUAAGCGGCACGAAGCCGACAUUGCCAAGCGCGCCGUCGCCGCCGCCGCCGCCAGAGGCGAGUGCCCGGAGAAGCUGCCGAAGCUCUACUACAACUGCGUCUCGUACUUUUCCGACUACACGCUGCUGAAGCAGAAGCCGCGAGGCCGCAGCACGACGAUGCCGGGCAUCUGCAGCUCGGUGCAAAAGUUCCUCAACAACCGCAACGGCCAGGCCAACAGCAGGGGCACCAAGAGCAGCUGGACCCUGACGUGGGACUCGAAAAGGGAGCGGGCCAGCCGCCGCCGCGGCCAGAGCUGCCCGACCAAGACGGCGGCCCGGCUGGGAUUCUGCGCGGGCGACAACUUAUCCCGUCGAAAGGCGGCCUGGGGCGAUCAGAAGCUUGGAAGAGCUCUCACCAACUGUGACGAAUUUCCGUUUGCCUCGUCCGAGGAGGGUGGUUCUGAUUUCUAUGGCCUGUACCCAAGCGUCGGGACCGGCACGGCGAGGACGUGCGUGCCGAGCUGGCAGAAUGACCAACAGGGCCUCUGCAACAAGCUUCUUAGUAAUCUCGACACCAACAUCGUCUAUUACAACGACAGGAAAAAGCCCGAGUCUGAUGCAACCAAGGCAGAGUGGAAGAAUUGGGGUCCGCAGGAAGAUGGUUGGGUCACCGCGGGAUGGGGCAAUAAGCAGAGAGUGACUGGGUACGCAAAGACGAACCUCCAGGCGCACUCUGCAGGCAUCAGCGCCGCGCAAGAUCAGAAACGCGAAAGCUGGUACCACAAGCGCAAUUUUACAGUCCAGCUGGCCUAUCCAAAGACGGCCGCUGCGACGUCGCCGACAUUUCCCGGGCUGAGAAGCAUGUCUGGCAAUUUGUUUGCGGGUAAAUCGUACACGCCAAGGGUCAAGGCCCUCAAGUCAAUGGACAAUGUCAUUUGCGCCGUCAGCACCAACGGGCAAAACCGAUUCCGUACCGUCAGCAUCAACGGGUAUUGCUGGGACGGUGUGCAGACGCGAAAGAAAUGGGGCGGUCUCAUUGAUGUCAUUGUCGCAUUUUCAUGUCGCUUGAGCUUCAGGAAUACGGGGAAAAGAGAUCAAAUUCCAAUCGGCUUCCUUGGUGAUGAGCCGGUAUAUGGCAUUGAAAAGGUUGAAGGCACCGAUAUCGAGAUUGAGGUUCCGAAGGGCGUAGAGCUUGGCGCUGGUCGAGGUCCCGCAGAGGAUGACGACGUCAAGGAAUUGGAUGACAUCUCUUCCCACAACACUUCAUUUGCGGAGAGAGAUUCUGAAGAUGUAUGGGAUGAUGAUGUUCGUGACGUAGGCGGCUCGUGGGAUGUUGACAUUGCGGACGCGAUAGAGCACGGCUUGAAAGGCGAAGAGUAG